UGGAUGCACUGUGAACACCACCUACUGUCACAUCUGUCUACAGUAAAACUAUUAUAGUGUUUUUAUAGUUGUGUUUUGUGUAUGAAUAAAUCCUGAAACAGCAUUUUUAAGGAGCAGUAUUUGCUUCUUCUACAGAGCUCAGUGACACCUGAAAUGAAUUGUUGAUUCAGGAGAGAAACUCUGGGACCAAAGAGAACCCAAAGAAUACUCUAUGAUUCUGGACUGUCCCAGACUCAGGUCCUGGUCGUGGUCCAGUUUAGGGCUAGCAGAAUAUUUUAGAGUAAAUACAACUUUAAUAAAGUUCUACUCUUCUGUAGAGAAGAUGAAACAGAUGGAAGGCGACAGUUACAGUCAGCAGGGGGCAGCAGUGUGUGGGGAGGGUGCCAUGCUCAGAGCACGUCAGGGGCAACUUGGCAGCUGGUGGACUCAAACCUUCUGGACCCAAGUCCGCUUCCAUAACCACUAAGCACAGCUGCCCCUAAGACCUGAACCAGGAGCACCAUCUACGUCUCCUCUACCUAGGACCAGACUGACCACUGAUACAGACCAAAGUCAUCACAGCUAUGAGACCCAGAAUUGACUUUGACGCAGAUCCAUGUGUUCAUCCUUCUACGGGAUCAGACACAAAAACAUCAGGUGACCAAAGAAGAAGGAACUUCAACAGUACGUAGAUCAAAGCCCAGUCUCUAAGACCAGGAACCGGUUCCAGAUUUGGGCUAAGACCAGGAACUGGUUCUAGAUUUGGGUUAGCUAAGUUGGCUGGACCGUUUCUAAUUUUUUUAAAAUCCAGUUUUAAAAUUGUAUAACUGUUAUUUUGUGAUAUCACUGUUUGCAAUACUAACGUCAAGAGUUAUCUCAAUGACACAAAGUGACCACAGGAGGCAGCAGUGGACAUUUUUGCAGGGGACCGAUCCUGAACCCAACGACGUCAAUAAAAACACAACUGUCUCUUUAAACUUCAACAAAAGUUGACGUCAAAAGUGGAUCCUGUUUGCUCUUUAAGCCACGCCCACGUCUCCAGGAAGAAGUAGUCGUCAUCAGACCAUCAGAGACCAUAGUCAAGAGUCCCACCUUGAUGAGAGAACAUUCUUGGCCAAGUCGCAUAGUACCAGAAGUACCUGCUGCUGCUGGUUGUGGAACAGCUAAUGUGAUCCAGAACCAGAACCAGAAUGAAGAAAGUUCCCGUCCAGAUAGUUCAAAAAGACCAGAGUUGGUUCCUGCUUCAGAGAAACUGUUCUUCUGCUGAAGACCAGUGUUCUGGUCUGGACCAGUUCAGAACAGCUCAGGGGUCUGACCACCGCCGUCUAUCUGAACCUCACAGAGAAAUGAGAAAGAAUGGGAAAGGGGUGGGGCCACAAGGGGUGGGGCUAAAUCAGGACAUGUGGAAAGUCGAUGGUCCAGAGGAGACCACAACAAAGACCAGUGUGGAGAUGGUCCCAGACCAGCAGAAGAGAAGACCUGAAGAAAGAGAGGCGGGGUCAGCAGCAAGUGAUGUCACAGCAGGUAACUCCACCUACUUCUGUACGUCCGCUCCCAAAGCCAAACUCCUGAUGAAGAUGAAGAACAUGAAGGAGUCGGAGGAGGAGUCAGAGGAGGAGUCUGAGGACGAACUGGACCCUGACCUGAUCCAUAAGAAGCAGGAACUGAUGAGGAGUCUGAGCAGGAAGCUGAAGGUUCUUGGAGAAGCUCAGCAGAGUCUUCAGGAGGACAUUGUGGAGAACGUUGCUCUGGGGGUGCGGGUGGAGGCCCGGGUCCAGCAAUUGUGCCAACCCAAGCAGCUGGAGAAGUUUCGUACAUUUGUGGGAGACCUGGACAGGGUGCUGAGUCUUCUGCUCUCCCUUCUUGGACGCCUGGCCCGUGUGGACAACGCUCUCAAUAGUUUGGAAGACGACCCUGCAGCUAAAGAGAGGCAAACUUUGUUAGAGAAGAAACAGCUGCUGCUUCAACAGCACAAAGACGCCGAAGAACUGAAGGAAAGUGUGGAGAGACGGCAGUGUCUGGUUUAUGACAUCCUGUCUUUUCAACUGACCAACGACGACCUCGACGACUUCACACACUUUGUCAAAAUGAAAUCGUCACUCAUCGUCGAGCAGCGAAACCUGGAGGACAAAAUCAAACUGGGAGAAGAACAGCUGGCCUGUCUGAUGGACAGUCUGUCCAACAGAAGCACAGUGGGGAGCCGAUGAGAAACGUCUCUGUCCACCAGAGGGAGACAGAGUACAAAGAGGUAUUGCUGUAGCUGAAGGACCGUCUGCUCCGUUCAAACUCACGUUUCCGCUUCACUCGUUUUUAUAUUGUUUUUUUCAUUUCCUUUCAUUUAUUUAACUUUUUAGCCUUUACAAGAGGAACCGGAAGUCGUGCAUGAACCGUUGAUGUUAACUGAUUUAAUAACGUCAACAAAUAAAAAUACGAAUGUAAUUAUAAAAAGGUUCCACCUUUAGUUAUUUCCUUAGAAAAACUCGGACUUUUUUAGGUUUCAUAGAACGCACUUGUUCAACAUGACUGAUCAGUGAGAAGAAGAAAAAAACCUCUUCAAACUCAGAACUUUUCUGGAGUGUUCCCUGUAGUAGAACCGUUUAUUGUUGGGAGCUCCACCCACCUGAUGAUGACUGUGACCAGCUGUCUUGGGUGACCCCUCCCACUCGGGUUCCUCCCUCAGUUUCAGUUCCGGAAGUUCCAGUCGUAGCUCAGGUUUAAUGUAACUAAUUUUUCCUUUAAGUUUAGACGUGACGUCUAGAAAUGUAAAUGCAAAUAAUGUGAACGUAAAUAAGGUUUAUAUUGUUUUGUUAAUCGGUUUAUAGUCUGUAGUUUUAUGAUGACUUAUUUACAUGUUUAUAUCUACACGUAUAAUAUAUUUAAAUUAAA